AUGGGCCUUUUACAGAGCCCCGACCCCACGACCUAUUAUAGGGAUCAAGCAUGGGAUGCGAAAUACUCCAACUUGAGCACAGAUGCUCUAGAGAGGAAACGAAACAGGAUCGAAGAGCAACUAAUGAAAGCCCGAAAAGAGUUCAAGCGGGAAAUCUACGUAAACGACAACAGCGACUGCCGGGAAAGGUCCUUGAAAGUCUCCCUUCUUCACGUCAAAUUAGCUCGGGUCACAUCGCAGAUUGAGCUUCGGAAAUAUUCGCCUGACACAUGGUAUAACGGAUCAGAGGCUUUUAAUCUCAAGCUGCGACAUGAUAGCUGGACCCAGUGGGAGAGCAUCACGAGAAAAUAUGAGUCAACAGUCCAGAAUUCAACCAGUCGCGAGUCAUUUAUGCGAUUAUUCGCAACAUCAAGAGUUGGGCUCGGGCGAGAUACUUCCUUGCAGUCGAAUAUGGCUGCCGAAAUGAAGAGGGUAUAUUGCCCUAGCCACCCCGAAGACUUAGAGGGUUACCGCUGGGAUCCUAUUCUUCAUGGUUGGUUGGACAGCUGUUUUGUCCGUACUGCCCACCUAUUCCCAUGGUCCCAAGGCGCGUUUAUGGAUGACAUUUUUGGCAGAGGUUCAAGUGAUGAUCUUUUCUCUCCAUGCAAUGGACUAUUUCUGCAUUACCGGAUUGAGGCUGCCCUUGAAAAUGGCUAUAUUGCCAUUGUACCAGAUCUCGAACUGGAACCAGCCGACCCAAUGUUCUCCUUCAACGACAAGGAUGAUCGACAGGAUCGGGUCAAGAAAUGGGAGACACAGAACCCUAAGAACUACCGAGUCAUCGUUGUUGAUAUGGAUCACCCACAAGUCAAGAAAAAGAUCAGCGACGAGAAGGAUAUGGGUGGAUUUGAGACAAUCGCGGAGCUACACAACCGGAAACUGGUUUUUCUAACUGAUUUUCGCCCUCGAGCUCGCUACAUCUGGUGGACAUUCCUGAACACAAUCCUUCAUGUAUCUUGGAGGAGCAACUCGAAAGACCAGAAUAUCCAACAUGAGGAAGUGCGAAAGACAACUCGGUACUGGGGAACCCAUGGGAAGUACGUAAAGAAGAACCAACUUCUGGGAUUUGUUGAAGAGAUUGGCCAUGACGUUGCCAGUAUUCUAACGGAUGAGAAUGGAACUGAAGAGACAGAUGGCGUAGAGCCCGAGAUUGAAGCAACUCAGGCCUUGGUGGGAGCUGCUACAGUCAGGUCUUCAAAGGAGGUACUUGAAGCUUUGGCAGAGGAUGACCCUGAUUACUCCGAUGACUCCGAUGAGGAUGGCUACAUACUUAGUUGA